AUGGAAGUGAUACUGUCUUAUGAAAGCUUUGCUGGUAAGGGAAAUGGGAGCUAUCCUCUUGCUGUUGCCAGCAUGAUAGGCAACAACAUACGCUUGGACUCUGACUAUAUACUACGUUACAGUGGCAACGUCCGAGCAGAGUUAACAGGAAUCCUCUAUCAUGAGAGCACGCAUGUGUGGCAGUGGAAUGGAAAUGGUAUGGCCCCGAGUGGCCUUGUUACCGGCAUUGCCGAUUACAUGAGGCUGAAGGCUGGCUGGCCUAAGAGAGGAUUAGGCCUGCGAUGGGAUGAAGGUUAUGCAAUCACCGUGUACUUUCUCGAGUAUUGUGAUGGCCUCAGAGAUGGAUUUGUUGCGGAUCUGAAUGCCAUGAUGAAGUAUACAUAUAGCGACAGUUUCUUUGUACAGUUACUCGGGAAGAUGUGUAUGAACUGUGGAAUGACUAUAAGUCGGCAUAUGCGAGCUAUGCACCGGCACCGGCACCCACUGUGGCACAGACACCGUCACCUGCUGCUGCGCCUCCAUAUACAACAUACUAAUGGAUCCAGAAUCUAUUGCAUUAGAGAAGUCCGUUUAUAA